AUGAAGAAAUGUUCAAAGAAAAGAAAAAUAAAAGACAUACACCUUAAAACAAACAAGAAACUUAAAACGGAAGAGGAGAGCAGUACAGACGAAGAUAUGACGAUUUCUUUGCAUGAUACUUCUGAUGAAGAGUAUCACAUUACAGAUGAUAUCUUAUCAGAUGAUGAUUAUCUGUAUCAUAUGGAUUAUCAAUUGAAAGAACAGAAGAACGUUACAAAUUUAAGAAAAAUAUCAGACACAAUUAAAAUAGAGAGAGAAAAAAUAGAACAAUCAAGCCAUGAAGAUAAAAAAAUACAUACACUGGUAAAGACACAAGAGAAAUAA